AUGUCGUGGAACUCUCGGACACCUCCCCCGCCCUCCUAUGAGGAGACGAACCUACCCGUCAUCCUCGGCAUCGUCAUCCCCCCUCUCAUCCUCGUCGUGUCUUGGUAUGCGCGCAAGUGGUACCUUGCGGACAAGCUAAAGAGGACAGGUAUCGGAAAAGGAGCACCUGGCUUCCAAACCGGCGUUCGCCAAGUGCGCAUCACGCCCGAAAUUGCUGAGCGACUACGACGAGGCGAGGAUGUGAGCCCUGCGGAGAUUGAGGCAGCAUCACGAGCAGCAGAUGCAGCGCCUCCCCCGCCACCACCGCGUCCGUACGGAGAUAUUGUGGAAGUGGACUUGCGAGGGCAAAACAACACCACUUCAGAGGACGAGCCGAAUGAGUGGGUGUCGGAGUACAUCACGAAAAAGAAGAGCAAGGCGAAAGGGAAGAGGAGAUAG